GGAAUUUCUUCUUUAGGCCUAUAUCUUUCCUACAAUUGAACACACAUAUAACUCCGUUGCCGGACAUUUAGACAUCUAACAUUGCAAAUUUUUCUUUUUAGAAUUUCUUAAAAGUUAUUUUGUUGAAAGAAUCAAGAAAUCUGAGAUAGAAUGCCUUCUGAUGACAUUAGUUUCGAUAAUGUCGCCUCUCCUCCUCCGGCUGUAUUGGAUAAUCCCAGAAUCGACAGUAUUGUAGACAAUGCUCGUAGUGCAGCUAUUCCUUGGCAUGGAUAUCAACGAUCAGGCAUUCUGUCAGAGAAUGAAUAUGGAUUAGUCUCAGAUAUAAUUGGAAAACCACUAGAUGUUUUUAAAAGAGUCAUCGAAUCUGAUGUAAAAGUCUAUACUAAUUUGUUCUUAAAGCUAUUUUCGCUUACAAUGAACCCGGACAUAGUGAACUAUGCUUUUGUGAAAGUGGCCGAUGCUUUACUAAAUUCUAAAGAAUUUUCUUAUUUUUUUAUCCCAUUGUUCUUCAAAUUCCUAAAGGAAAAUGAAACUUACUUUGAGAAUUUGGAUACAGAUGGCAAGCUUUUAUUUGCUCAAGUAUUUGCAUUAGCAAACUUAUAUGUGGCUUGUAGCUGUCCCAAAAUGUUUACUGUAUUUUUAGAAUACUUAAGCAAGCUUAUGACGAGCACAGACAAUUAUCUGUGCCUAUUUGCUACUCAAUGCCUUGCUGCUAUGCUGAACUUGAAAGCUCAUCGUUAUGGUGUAUGGGCUGAAGGCUCUUGCCCUUAUCGUCUAGCUGAGAUACUUCGAAGCUCUUCUGCUGAUUCUCAAUUGCAAUACUAUUCCCUUUUCUGUUUUUGGCUACUCACAUUUGAAAGUCCCAUUGCUAAAGAAGCUAACAAGCCUUUUGAUCUUAUUAAGGUAAUGGUUCACAUUGCAAGAUCAGAUACGAAAACAAAGGUUUAUCGCAUGAUUCUCGCUAUAUUUUCUAAUCUUUUACAAAAAGCUCCUAAUGAAAAUAUAUUUACCAUGCUCCUCGAGAAUGUUGAUAAAGCCGUCAAACUACUUCAGCGAAGAAAAUGGGCUGACGAAGAAAUCCUCAGUUAUAUGGACUUUAUUAUUUCCACUUUAGAAGUCAGCUCUCAGCAUUUAUCUACGUUUGAUAUCUACAAGUCUGAAAUUGAAAGCGGCCAGCUCCAUUGGUCACCUUCUCACCGCUCAGAACAAUUUUGGAUAGAGAAUGCCAAGAAACUCAAUUCUGAUAAUUACUCUUUGCUUAAAAAGUUAUUUCAAAAUUUACAAAAUCAUGGCAAUCCCACUUCACUUGCCGUUGCAUGUCAUGAUUUGGGUGCUUACAUAACAUACUACCCUGAAGGCAAGAGUGUCCUUGUGAAGUAUGGCAUGAAGCAACGUAUUAUGGAACUCAUGAGCCAUCCUAAUCCAGAAAUUCGUUUUGAAGCUCUUAAUACAGUUCAGAGAUUAAUGACUGAGGUUUGGAAUAAUUAAUUAUUCUAUUGGUAAAAAAAAAAAGGUCCUUAGCUCAUCUUCCUCGCUAAUUACUUUAUUUUUAUGCCAUCUGAUUUAAUAUACGAUCUAGUUUCUAUCUUUUACCUUUGGUAAUUAAAAAAAUAGGUUAUUUGAUAUAUCAAGUUAUUAUUAAGGACUGUUACUGAUUUUUAUGUAGAGUUAUGCAUUAAUGACUAACGUGCAGAUCAUAUUCACUCUUGAGGAAUGCCUAAGACCCACCCUAGACCACUAGUGAAAGUAUUCGUGACCUUCUUAGUUAUAUCUUCUUCAUCGUUAUCGGAAAAAUCUGGAUUAGGAAGGGCUGUGAGAUUAGAUUCAUUAUAAUUCACGUCAACACCAUCUUCCGUGGGCGAAUCUACUUCGGCAGCAGCAAGAGACCACUCUUUAUCAAAGUCGUCUCCAUGUAACUCUUCAUCAUUAAUCGAUUCGUUAAGUUCUGGAAAGGCAUCAGCACCCAAAUCACUCUCAGUUUCUUCUUUAUCCCUAUUUGAUUCAAAUUCUGUCCAAUAGUUUACAACAUCAUUUAAAAGUUCUUUUGGGGCAUUAGCAAUAGCAAGUUGAAGCAUCUCCAGUCUUAUUUCGCGUGACUGAGGAUCAUUCAAUGGAGUUUUCCCAAUUUUAAAACAGAUCCUGUAGAUUCUUUCCCGCAUACUGUCGCUCAAUUCCGCUAGUGUAACAAGUCUGUCUUCCACUAACUGCUUUGCAGUCAACAUAUCGCUUUUCAGCAAUGCCGCAUCUACACACCUGUUCACAACCUGCUCGGUAAUUUGGCGAAGUUGUGUAAUAACGUCGUUAUAAUUAAAUUCUCCAGAAGCUUUGUACAAUUCAAUCAUAAGCGCCAUUAGCUCAUCGACUUGCUGAUAUGAAUGCGAAUCUUGGGUAAUAAUGUAGGCUAACAGUUUGUUAGGAUCCAAAUUGUCCUCUAUUUGCUUAGGCGACAACGGUUUUCCUUUUUCUAUUAGAAAAUCAAAUUGCUUAAUUAAAUCCACAGAGUUAAUAAGGGCAUAAAGACGACGACGAAUUGUAGUAAGGCUAUCGCAUUCACUAAAAACAUCGAGAACUCUACUUGCAGCAUUGAGUUUUCCGCGAUUCUUGUUCAUACUAGAAGCAGAGUGAAAGUUUUCGUAGAAGCUGGUUUCCAUACAAUUCUGCAAACUAUCCUGAUCAAUAUCAGGUAAAGCCAAUUGAUCCUUCAUCUUGUCCAAAACGCUAAAAUUUGAUACGGAUAAAAUCUUUUUAAGGAAUAAAAGGCUUAUUUCUUUUGAUUCUAUUUUAUUAAAGAAUAGAUCUUGACUCUUAAAAGAAAUGAUGAAAGAAAAGCAUUUAUUCCAAUCAUUAUAAGAAACAGUCUUCGAUUCACCUAGAGAACUAGACAAAUACUUUUGGAGGAAGCUUUCCUGUGAUUGCUUGUCUGAGGCAGAUAUAUUCAGACAAGCUCGUACAUUCGGAAUGGGAAACAUAUUAGCGCUCUUAAGAAUUGGAAUAGCGUCAAUGAUACGAUAUAAUAAAGUAACAGACUCACUAGAGGGAUUAGUCAAGUCAGUACUAUAAGAUAAGAAAAAAUCUAUAGAGUUUUUCACGGGUUCCUUCAAAAGGUUACCAUAAGGGGCAGGCGACAGCUUUAACUUUUCCUGAAUGUUCGCAAGCAUUUCUUUUCCCAAAGAUAAAGUGGUAGUAGUCGUUUCAUUGCAAAUAUAAAGAGAAGAUAAAGCAACUUUCAUCAAUAAUAACCGAAGCGUAAAAUC